UCAAUUCUGUAUUUUUCCUUUAGGAUAAUAUGCAAAAACAUCACAAUCAAAAUACAUAUCUAUAGCCUUGGUGUAUUUUUGGACUCCUUUUUCAUUGGCUACAAGUCUGACUUUCUGUCAGGACCAUUUUGAGGCUUAUCAUUACUGGACUCAUCAUUACCUGCCUACAUUUUGAUACAUCGUGAAUUGUCUUUUUCACAAUUUGCUUAAAAGCUGGAUCCAGAGUGCCCAAAAACUCAUCGAAGUGCCUUCAGUUUUUGAAGUUUAUUUAAACUUUUUGGAGUACAGCAGUAGUACCAGGCUUCUUUGCCCAUAAAGAAGAAAAAUGAUUCCUAAUGGAUACUUAGUUUUUGAAGAUGAGAAUUUCAUUGAGUCAUCUGUGGCCAAACUCAAUGCUCUGCGAAAAAGUGGGCAGUUCUGUGAUGUUAAACUGCAGGUGUGUGGACAUGAGAUGCUGGCUCAUAGAGCUGUUCUUGCUUGCUGUAGUCCUUACCUAUUUGAAAUUUUCAACAAUGAUAGUGAUCCCCAUGGGUUUUCUCAUGUGAAGUUUGAUGACCUAAACCCAGCUGCAGUUGAAAUCUUGAUGAAUUAUGCCUACACUGCACAACUUAAAGCAGAUAAAGAACUGGUAAAAGAUGUGUAUUCAGCUGCCAAAAAACUGAAGAUGGAUCGAGUGAGGCAGGUUUGUGGUGAUUAUAUACUGUCCAGGAUGGAUGUCCAGAAUUGCAUUUCUUAUCGAAACUUUGCCAGCCAAAUGGGAGACACUCGGCUUCUGGGCCAGAUUGACAGUUGCAUUCAGGAAAACUUGUUGGAGAUUUCAGAGCAAGAUGAAUUUUUAAAACUUCCACGACUAAAGUUGGAGGUGAUAUUGGAGGAAAAUGUCUCCUUGCCAAGCAAUGGUAAAGUUUACACAAAGGUAAUCAACUGGGUGCAACGUAGUGUCUGGGAGAAUGGAAAAAACCUGGAAGAACUGAUGGAAGAGGUUCAAACCUUGUACUACACUGCUGAUCACAAAAUGCUUGAUGGGAGCGUACUAGAUGGACAGGCUGAAGUGUUUGGCAUUGAUGAUGACCACAUUCAGUUUGUACAGAAGACAUCUCCGCGGGAGAACAGCCACCGACAGAUACAUAGCAUGUCUUCUGGAAUUCUGAGUACUCCAGUGCAAACAAACAAAGAUGAGUGGAAAAUCAUUGCAUCGGAGAAAACAACAUGCACUACAUAUCUUUGUUUGGCUGUCUUAAACGGUGUGCUGUGUGUCAUUUUCAUUCAUGGCCGCAAUAGUCCCCACAGUUCACCCGUCAGCACUCCAUGUCUAACCAAGAGUAUCAGUUUUGAGGUUCAAGUUGAAGAUGGCAAGCUCUUGCCCCCCAUGCAGUAUGCCCGCUCUGGUCUAGGAACAGCAGAGCUGAAUGGCAAACUCGUUGUUGCUGGUGGCUACAAUCGUGAGGAGUGUUUAAGAACAGUAGAAUGCUUUGAUCCUGCCACGGAUGGAUGGAUUUUCAUUGCUCCAAUGAGGACUCCGCGUGCAAGAUUUCAGAUGGCUGUGUUGAUGGGCCAACUGUAUGUAACUGGUGGGUCCAAUGGCCACUCGGAUGAGCUUUGCUGUGGUGAGACAUAUAAUCCAAAUACCAAUGAGUGGACCCCUGUGCCAGAGCUCCGAACCAAUCGUUGUAAUGCAGGUGUCUGUUCUUUAAAUGGAAAGUUGUAUAUUGUUGGUGGCUCGGAUCCAUAUGGACAGAAAGGAUUGAAAAACUGUGAUGCCUUUGACCCAGUAUCAAAAACCUGGACAAAUUGUGCUCCUCUAAUUACACGUAGACAUCAAGCUGCUGUAUGUGGACUGGAUGGAUACCUAUAUGUAGCUGGAGGUGCAGAGUCCUGGAACUGUCUGAACACUGUAGAACGCUAUAAUCCUGAAAACAACACAUGGACUCUUGUUUCACCCAUGAAUAUGGCUCGCCGUGGAGCAGGAGUAGCUGUGUAUGAUGGAAAAAUCUUUGCUGUGGGAGGAUUUGAUGGAACCCAUGCACUCAGCUGCGUUGAGAUGUUUGAUCCAGCCAAAAAUGAGUGGAAAAUGAUGGGAAGCAUGACAUCAGCAAGGAGUAAUGCUGGGGUUGCUGCUGUGAACAGGCUCCUGUAUGCUGUGGGAGGCUUUGAUGGCAAUGCAUUUCUGAACAACGUGGAAGUGUACAACCCAGAAACCAAUGAAUGGAGCCCAUACACCAAAACAAAUCUGUCCAGUUUAUAAAGUUUAGCCUUUUCUUUGCAGCUUAAGUUUAGUGAAGUAAUUUGUGUACUUGUUUUGGGGUGGGUGUGGUUGGGUGGGACGGGAAGGGGAGGGAUGGAGAAUGAUUACAAUUUGGAUGUCUAUGGUUGGGCUGUAGCUAUUUAGAACAACUUAAAGCAUGACUUCUGGGUUUUACUAGUAACAACAGCCACCUUUUUGGAAUUGCUUAUAAUAAUUACAAUGAGCUGUAAAUACUGUUGUCCCAGGAUGUAGGUGUUUGUUGUGUAUUCCAAGUGAGUUUAUGGUUAAGUGCAAACCUGGUAUGCAGAAAACAAUUUCAAAAUUUGGAUAAUAGGAAAUAUGUAUUUUUAGAGCUUCCCCAGAGUUUUGUUUUGCAGCAUUUGCACAUUUUCAUCAUGAAGUUCUGGUUAGAAAUGCAGCAGUUAUGAUAAAUUUGAGAUGGAGGGAAGGGACCAGGAAAGCAAAGAAGCAGGCGUUGUCUUUCUUGCCUCAAGUGUUUCAACUAGUCAUGGAUGUACUGACCAGCCUGCCAAUUAAUGCAUUUUUGUUUGGAUUAAAUGUUUUAUGAUCACUUUUUAUAACAAUUUUUGUACCUGGAUGAAUAUACUAUAUAAAAUAAAAUCAGAUAGUGUUUUGAAACCAUUUAAACUAAAGCUUACAACUAGAUGAGGCAUCAGAGUGGGACAUUUAACCUCUUCAAGGAGAAUUUUAUGUAUGUUUUGCCUCUGCUAUAACUUAUUGUACUGCGCUGUAAAUGCUUGAUAAACUUGAGGGUUUAUUGGAUGUGAAAUUGUAUUAGGAUUCAAGUGAAGGAUUGAAAAGCACCUGAGAGAGAAUCAUUUUGUUACAAGCUCUGUAGCUAACAUUCCUAAAACAUUAGACGACCUAGAAAAUUAAAUAAUUAAACUCUUUGCUUCA